AGGUAAUAGUGUUUGCAAUAAAGCACUCAAACAGAGCGAGACUACUACUACCGAUUCACCACUAUUGAGACAAUGCUCACCACUACCAAAUCAAAACAAGACGGAUCCGAUGAGGGAUAUGUCGGUACUCCAACUAACUCACCACCAGUGGUGUGUCAAGACAAAACAUUGUCCACCAGUACCGACACUGGGCACGGCGUGAUCGAUGAAGCUUACGGCGAUACUCUAUCCAUCUCACCAUCUGCGAUGCGUCGAGACGCUGCGGAGCAACCGACGGUGCUUGAACAGAUUAUCAAGCUCGCUACAGAUCAGGAUUUGGAGCGGAAGAAACUUAGCGAGAAGUUGGCUAUCACGGCCAAGAAUCUGAAGGACAUGA